AAUCAGACUCGGGUCGGAUAGAGCCAAAUGGGAAUCCGGUCCAUUUAAUAAACGAACCUUGGACUUGAUCCCAAUCCGAUUGGUCCGAGUUCGAGUCCGAUCCGGCUUACUUAUUUAGACUCUGAAUUCGGUUUGUAUAAUCGGACAUCUGAAACCCUCUUUUUUUUUUUUUUUUUUUUUUUUUUUUUUUUUUUUUUUUUGCUUUAAAAUAAAAUAUUAAUCCCACUAAAUUUUCUUAUAAUUAUUUAGAAUCCAACUAUCAUACUUAUAUAUGUUUAUAAUGAAGUUAAUUAAUUGUGUUUUGUCUAUAAUCAUAUGCGGAUUGAAGUGUAAUACUCCGAACAAACGGAAGGGAGUAAAUAAAGAUGCAUUAUGUUGGGGCUUUUCUAGAAGCUAUAGCCUAGACUAGUUCAGUUGUAUUCCUGAUGUAUAAAAAAUAAUUUGUGAUAUAGGUGGGAGGUUAUAAAAGGAAAGGAGAGAAUGAAAUGCAAAAGUCGGCAUUCUGGGCAACAAUAGUCAAUUAAGUCCUCACAACUUCGUACACAAGUUAGGAAAGUGUUUAGUGCCGUUAUAGAAGGAGAGGCGUCUGAGUUGGAAAUUGGAAACACAAACAGAAACAGAAAAUACCGAAAUUCCAGAAUAUAAAUUAAUGAAGUAAACAGAAACAGAAAGCAAACAGCAGCAGUAAUUAAAUUAAAAUAAAAAUGGAUGAGAAGCGGCGGAAGAGGAGACGGUGUUGGUUGGUGGCGUUGGGCGUCGUAAUCGGGUUGGUGUUGCUAUUUUCAAUCUUAGGAGCCACCGUGUUUAAGGCCAAGCGCCCAGUCACCACCGUCAAGUCCGUCUCCCUCCAUGACAUGGACGUUUCCUUUGACGCCCUCAGAAUGAAAGUCCACCUCAACGUUUCCCUUGAUGCUUCCAUUACUGUCAAGAAUCCUAAUAAAGUCGGCCUCAAGUUUUCAGAUAGCUCCGCCUUUGUAGAUUACAGGGGUCAGAUGGUUGGACAAGCUCCUAUUCCCGCAGGUCAGAUCUCGGCUGGGGAGACCCUGCCUAUGAACCUUACUCUUACUGUUAUGGCGGAUCGAUUACUGUCUAACUCUCAGCCUGUUAUUUCCGACCUGCUUGCCGGAACUCUGCCGCUUACCACGCGUACACGUAUCUCCGGCAAGGUCACGCUACUGUUUAUAAACAUUCAUGUUGUCUCUUCUGCCUCAUGUAAUCUCAAUAUCUCCGUCUCUACGCGAUCAAUUUCCGACUCCGAUUGCACCUACAACACUCGCUUGUCUUGAUUUUUUGGUAUCAUAGGUUGGGUGGUGGUUGGGAUUUUGAUAUUAGGUUUGUCUAUUGUUUUAAUUAGUGAGUAAUUAAUUAAUGGAUGAUUAGUUUUAUGAAUGGACCACUUUGUUUCCAAUUUCAAAACAAUAGCUGAACCACGUAUAUUUAUUCAUGUAUUCACUUCA